AUAUAAAUGUUAAAAAUAUCGUUUGUGUGGCCGUGGUCGGAGCUUCUUUCUCAAUAGCUAUCCCUCUUCUUCUUGGCUUCUCUCUCUCUCUCUCUCUCUCUCUCUCUCUCUCACUCUGUUUCUGUUCUGGUCUGUCUGUGCAUGAAACCAAACAAGAACAAGAAUAUGACAAGCACCAAAUCAAACCCACCAACAACAUCACAACCCACCUCCCAAUCCCAAUCCCAAUCCCAACCUCAUGAGUGUUGCAUGUGUGGUGAUUAUGGCUUCUCUCACGACCUCUUCAAAUGCAAGCUCUGCCAUUUCAGAUCCCAGCACAGGUACUGUAGCAAUCUCUACCCAAAUGCAGAGUCUUACCAUAUAUGCAAUUGGUGUCUGAGUCAGAAAGAGGAUACGAAAGAGAAAUCCCAGAAUUCAUCCAAUUCAUCAUCGUCUUGUCGAAACGACGCCGUCGAAUUCGACGGCGAGAGCUACCACAACAAGAAAAAGACUAAUCCGGCUAUGAUGAUCAAGCAGCAGCUGGGAGGUCCGAGGAGUUUAGGAGUGUCUACGCAAUUGCAACUCAACGGACCAAUCAAGAAACCGAAGUCCAUAGAGGCCCCACCGCCGUCGCCGUCGCUGUCGCCGUCGCCGUCUUUGCCGGUGUCGGUAUCGACCCGGAAAAGGAUCAUCACGAACGGUGCCAAGGAAGAGAAACUUAGAAGAACAAGAUCAGAGGAAAUAUCAAAAGGUGGGAUCACAAAGCAUGUGUUUAGGAACAAGGUUAGAAGGUACAAGCUCUUGGAUGAGGUUUCUAGUUAAAUUUUUAAGAUUAAGAUGCAAUUUUCUCUUCCUCUUCUCUUUAUAAUUUUCUUUUACAUACAAAAUAUAGCUGUUUGUGGUUUUCUUGUGGGAAUUUUGGUCCCAAAAUUUCAUAGCAUAUAUAUACAAAAACUAUAUUGAGUUUGAUCCAAUGUACAGAAACUUUGAUAGUGAAAGCUGAUCAUCUUUACUGCUU